AAGUGUAAAGGGAAAUGCUCCAAGUUAGUCUUAUCUCACCUUCUCCAGCGCCAUGAACUCUCCAAGUGUAGUAGCGGCAGCAAUGGCUGCUCUCAUGAUGUUUCUUUUACUCACUCCACCUUCUGAUGCUGCAAUUUCUUGCAGUGAUGUAAUCAAGGACCUGAGGCCUUGUGUGAAAUACCUCAUGAAUGGUACUGGGAAACCACCUGCUGCAUGCUGUUCAGGAAUCUCAGCUAUUCAAGCUACUGCAUCAACCACGGCUGACAAGCAGGCAGCUUGUAACUGCAUCAAGUCAGCUUCCAAGCAAAUAAAUCCAAACCCCCAGUUAGCACAGGCUCUUCCAGCUAACUGUGGAAUCACCUUGCCUUUCGCUGUUUCACCCAAUGUUGAUUGUUCCAAGAUUACUUAGUUGAAAUGGAAAUGGUCUGGUGAAUGCUUUUCGAUCCUAUAUAUUUCGAGUGAAAUACAAUAGUUGUACCUCAUUUCAUUCAUGUCUGCCUGUGUGUAUGGGAAGCAUACCCUACUUUGUUUUAAGCUGGAAUGCCCAGUGCCUUCUUUUCUCCAGUAAAUAAAGAUACCAUUAUUAUUAUGGUUCAAAUGAGUAAACUCACUCUUAAUCCAUGUUGCUGAUGUGAAAGAUGGAAAGAGUUUAGAGUUAAAUAAAACUCAUGCUGGAUUGAAGUUUUCAGAGUUUGUUAGGAUUUGCCAUAAUCUUUUUUUUGUUAUGUAACAAACAACAGCAGAUUUUGUUGCUGUUUAUUUGCUUUUGUUGUUUUUAAGAAUAAGACUUAUGAUAUCAAUAAAGUAACCAAGUUUUCAGAA